UUCCUUUUGCUCAGUGGUCAACCGAGGGCCCUUGCACACACUGAGCGUGGAUGUGCCAAGACAGCCCUGCUGCCGCCGAUUCUCUCUGGAGCUUAGACCUGUAACCCGACUCAACAAUUCAUACUGGAUAUCUGGCUUUUAAGGCUACAUAGUAAUUAUUUCAUGCUCUGAAGACUGAGAUAAAGUUGAAGGCAACUUGUGAUUCUGUCACUCUUGAACUCUGCUGAUAUGACACUGGACAUGUAAUGUAAUGGCUGAAUCAGUCUUACUACGCUAACAGCGUAAGGAAAUGGUGAGCAGGAGUGUUGGUGGCUCAUCUGUGCUUGACUCAGAGGAAAACAAGACUUUCCACUCAGGAGAACUGCUCUUUUAGAGGGAAAAAGUAAAGGACAAGUAGAGGGACUAUCCACCCAGAAAACUUCAGAGCUUCCAGGCAGAUACGGGUAAUGUUUGAAGAAUGGAUGGAUAUAAUACUUCUGAGAAUUCCUCUUGUGAUCCUAUACUGCCACACCAUUUAACACCGGUUUACGUCAUAGUGCUCAUUGGAGGACUAGUAGGCGUUGUCUCCAUCCUAUUCUUGCUGGUGAAAAUGAAUUCACGUUCGGUGACCACCAUGGCUGUCAUUAACCUGGUGGUGGUUCAUGGGGUAUUCCUACUGACAGUGCCUUUUCGCUUGGCAUACCUCAUCAAAGGGACUUGGACAUUUGGAUUAUCCUUCUGCAAAUUUGUUAGUGCCAUGUUACAUAUACACAUGUACCUCACAUUCCUCUUCUAUGUGGUGAUACUAGUCAUCAGAUACCUCAUCUUCUUCAAGCGUAGAGACAAAGUAGAAUUCUAUAGAAAAUUGCAUGCAGUUGCUGCCAGUACUGCCAUGUGGCUUUUGGUCAUUGUCAUUGUUGUACCCUUGGUGGUUUCUCAGUAUGGAAACUAUGAACAAUACAACGAGAAACAGUGCUUUAGAUUCCAUAAAGAACUUGGCCGUGACUAUGUGCAAGUUGUCAACUAUAUGAUAGUCAUUGUUGUCAUAACCAUUGCAAUGAUUCUCUUGGGUUUCCAGGUCUUCAUCACCUUGUCCAUGGUGCGGAAAUUUCGCCACUCCUUACUAUCCCACCAGGAGUUCUGGGCACAACUGAAAAAUCUUUUCUUUAUAGGUGUCAUCAUUAUUUGUUUUCUUCCCUACCAGUUCUUCAGGAUUUAUUACUUGUACGUCGUGGCACAUUCUAAGAGCUGUAAAAACAAGGUUGAAUUUUACAAUGAAAUCCUCUUGAGCACAACAGCCAUCAGCUGCUGUGAUUUGCUGCUCUUUGUCUUUGGAGGAAGCCAUUGGGUUAAGCAAAAGAUUGUUGACAUGUGGAAUUGCCUUUUAUGCCAUUAGCCAAAAUUAUCGUAUUUAUUUCUUCCUGUUGGGAAUGGGACAAAGCAAGGAGUUGAGAAUGGCUUUUUGUUGCUUCAUUGAAACCUUACCUUGGCCCAAUCAAACAAAAGGAAUGAAAAAUGUCCAAGUGCUCUACCCACCCCUGAUUAUAUCCCUGUUGUCUGUGAAAGUGUCCAUGCAAAUUUGAGUUGUAGUGAACCUAUAUGGAAUUGCCAUAUUGUAUUAUUUUCCAGCAUACAGUGUCUGCUGGUUAUCCAGAAAACAUGUGUCUACUGGGUGCUGGAGUUUUGUUAGGGCAUGGUGACUUCCUGAAUUUGAGGCAUGGUUUCCCUAUUAGGCUUCAAGCUGCAGAUAGUGGAAGAGUUAUUUCCACUCCACUUCAUCUUCUGAAGGCUCAUCCUGGUUAUCACAUGGCUCCAAACAGACAAUCUCUGCUUGGUUUACCAGACGAAUUGGCACUGUCAACCCACCUGGGAAGAAACCAGGAAAUUUGGAGGAGCAGAAAACUUACAAAUCAUUCUAACUUUGGAGGAAACACCAGGACUUCUGCUCUAACAAUCCUUUCUAGCCUUAUCCUUUUAAAGGUUGUGUUUAAGGACAUUGGGAUUGGCAGUACACUGUCCUUAAUCACCCUCUUUCUCCAAAAAUUAAAUUAAUUAUAACCUUCUGAAGAUACCCAAGUAAUGAAGAAGACCUAAUGAGAUGGCCUAAGACCAGUGUGAUGUGAUACAGGACAAUUAUGUUUUUUGUUUUGUUUUGGUUUGGUUUCCUUCUCUGUGUUUUAAAAGAACUUUUGUAUGCCUAGGGCCAUAGUUAAUGUAUUCUUACCCAUUUGAAGAUAAGAGGACGUACUGAAGUCUUUAAGUUGUAUUCUACUUUUAAAGUCAUAUGUUUUUAAGUAAGCAAAAACUAUAUUUUGAGCAGUAAGAAAUUUGAAGAAGAUAUGGCAUAACCCAAAUUUAGACUAUGAGACUUAGAGAGUUUUAGGAAACAUUUGAAAAUGAAUAAAUAUGCAGAAAAGUAAUACCAUUUCAUCCUUUAAAAUAUUAAACCAUAUAGAUAACCUUGCCAAAAUCUUAGUCACAUUUUGCAGUUUGCUUCAUAACUUGUGACAUGUGGCAUAUUAAAUUGCAUUAAGCUUUUAUUUCAAGAAUGAUUAAUGAUUAAGUUCAUGCAUAGGUUUAUGGUUUGUACUAAAUUAGGUUGUCUUUUUUCCCCUUCAUUAUCCAUGCUGUGUCUCCUUCAGUUUCAUGAUCUUGAAACUUUUAAGCCGUGUCCAGAUUUAAGGCCUCAGAAAAGCUGAAGUCACUGGUGGUGUGAGUAGAACAAGUGGCUCAAGAGAACUCUUAUUCCUGGAAGGGAUAUCCUUACAUCUUAAAGACUUUUCAUCAGUCACUGCUGGUCCAUGGGUCCCAACUUCAUCUGAGGUACAAGAAGCAAUCCAUGAAGUUCUAGUUUCAGUGAAAUUACUAAGUCAUAACAACUCAUUCUAAAGGAAUAAAAUGUAGCAACACACUGUACACAUGACCAUUUCCAACUGUCCUCUUUAAAUUCUCAUAUCUUUUAAAAAAACAUUUCUUUCAUUUAUUGCUAGCUUCCCUUUUGUAUUUAUUUUCUAAACUUUGUUCACACUUUGUUUCAUAAAGUUUUCAAGAACAUCACUAAGACCCAUAAACAAUAUAAGAAAAUUUGUAACAUCUACAAAAUGUAUACGACAAGAAAGAUAGAAUGAAAUAUUUAAAAUGUUUUAGUUAUAAGGGUUUUCUGAUUGUUUUCUGAGGGGUUUCUUCUUGUGGCAACUGUAACUGUGUCUGUGAAUUUUUCAGAUUUUAAAUAUGCUAAUGCAAAGCAGUUAUCUAUUUCUCAAUGUUAUAAUGACAGGGCCAUCUAUUUCUAUGGGCCUGCAUAUAUAGAGAACUGUUAUCUAUAAUAUAUAGACAUGCAAAAUUCUGCAACUUAUAAUAUAUUAGUGAUCAGGUUUUACAGAAUAAAUGAAAUGUUUUCAA